AUGAAAAGGCUGAAUCAGAGCUCUGUGGUUGAAUUCAUCCUCCUGGGCUUUUCUAACUAUCCUGAACUGCAAGGACAACUCUUUAGGGUUUUCCUGGUUGUUUACCUGGUGAUUCUGGUGGGAAAUGCCAUCAUUAUAGUCAUCAUCUCCCUGGAACAGAGCCUCUAUGUCCCCAUGUACCUAUUUCUCCUGAACUUGUCCAUGGUGGAGGUGAGUUUCAGUACUGCCAUUAUGCCUGAGAUGCUGGUGGUCCUCUCCACUGCAAGAGCCACAGUUCCUUUUGCAGGCUGUUUUGCACAAAUGUAUUUCAUUCUUCUUUUUGGUGGGACUGAAUGUUUUCUCCUGGGGGCAAUGGCUUAUGAUAGAUACGCUGCCAUCUGCCAUCCUCUGAACUACUCAGUGAUUAUGAACAAAAACGUUUUCAUGAAAUUAGUAACAUUCUCAUGGGCCUCAGGCGUCAUGGUGGCUACUGUGCAGACCACGUGGGUAUUUAGUUUUCCCUUUUGUGGCCCCAAUGAAAUUAAUCAUCUCUUCUGUGAGACUCCCCCAGUGCUAAAGCUUGCAUGUGCAAACACCUUUUUUUUUGAAGUCUAUGCUUUCAUUGGCACCAUUUUGAUUGUUAUGGUCCCUUUCCUGUUGAUCCUCUUGUCUUACAUUCGAAUUCUCUUUGCCAUCCUGAAGAUGCCAUCCAACACUGGGAGGCAGAAGGCCUUUUCCACCUGUGCCUCCCAUCUGACUUCUGUCACCCUUUUCUAUGGCACAGCUAGUAUGACCUAUUUACAGCCCAAAUCUGGCUACUCCCCAGACACCAAGAAAGUGAUGUCAUUGGCUUACACGUUACUCACACCUCUGCUGAAUCCACUGAUCUACAGCUUGCGAAACAGUGAGAUGAAAAGAGCUUUGAUAAAAUUAUGGCAAAGAAGAGUGAAUUUACACACAUUCUGA